AUGGCAGAAGACAAUGACAGUUUUCUCUGGGAUCAAGGCAGCAUCCUGAACGGAGACCUGCUCUCUGCCACAUCUGCCCAGCUGUGCUAUGAGAACCUGAACACUUCCUGUAUCAGGAUCCCAUACUCCACAGGCCCUCGCCUCAUCCUAUAUGCAGUCUUUGGCUUUGGGACUGUGCUGGCUGUGUGUGGAAACCUCCUGGUGAUGACAUCAAUUCUUCAUUUCAGGCAGCUGCACUCUCCUGCUAACUUCCUGGUGGCAUCCCUGGCCUGUGCUGACUUCUUGGUGGGAUUGACUGUGAUGCCCUUCAGCAUAGUGAGGUCUGUGGAGGGAUGCUGGUACUUUGGGGAGACUUACUGUAAAUUACACACUUGUUUUGAUGUAUCAUUUUGUUAUUCUUCUAUCUUUCACUUGUGCUUCAUCUCUGUGGACAGAUAUAUUGCAGUCAGUGACCCCCUGAUCUACCCCACCAGGUUCACUCUAUCUGUAUCUGGCAAGUGCAUCCUCUUCUCCUGGCUCCUGUCAAUCAUCUAUGGAUUUUCUCUCCUUUGCUCAGGGGCAAAUGAAGCAAGGCUGGAGGAUCUAGUCAGUGCCCUCACCUGUGUGGGCGGUUGUCAAUUUACUCUAAAUCAAACCUGUGUCUUCAUCCAUUUUACAUUAUUUUUCAUCCCCUCACUUGUGAUGAUAACUGUCUACUCUAAGAUUUUCCUCAUUGCUAAACAGCAGGCUCAGAAGAUUGAGAAGAUGAGCAACCAGACUGCCAAUGCAGCAGAGAGCUACAAGGACAGGGUGGUCAAGAGGGAGAGGAAGGCAGCCAAAACCCUGGGAAUCGCAGUGGCUGCCUUCCUCCUUUCCUGGCUGCCAUACUUCAUUGACACCAUUGUUGAUGCCUUCCUUGACAUCUUAAACAUCUUUCCUAUUUUAACAAAAGAACUGGACACCGACCCUGGAUCAGAUUCCUCUCAGCAAGCUGGAUGCUGA